UUCCGGCUGCCGGGUUGACAUGAAGAAGCAGCGGCGGCCGGGGCGGCGGUAGCGGCCGGAGUCGAGGUUUGCAGUGGGACUCCGGGCGGAGUGUGCGAAGCGGCCGAGAGAAACAGACGGCGCAGUGGGCCCAGGAGGAGGCGCGGCAGCCGCCCUGGCCGGUCAUGGAGAUGGAAAAGGAGUUCGAGCAGAUCGACAAGGCCGGGAACUGGGCGGCCAUUUACCAGGAUAUCCGACACGAAGCCAGUGACUUCCCCUGUAGAGUGGCCAAGCUUCCCAAGAACAAGAACCGAAACAGGUACAGAGAUGUCAGUCCCUUUGACCAUAGUCGGAUUAAACUCCAUCAAGAAGAUAAUGACUAUAUCAAUGCUAGUUUGAUAAAAAUGGAAGAAGCCCAAAGGAGUUACAUUCUCACCCAGGGCCCAUUGCCCAAUACCUGUGGUCACUUUUGGGAGAUGGUGUGGGAGCAGAAGAGCAGGGGCGUUGUUAUGCUCAACAGAGUGAUGGAGAAAGGAUCGUUAAAAUGUGCACAGUACUGGCCACAAAAAGAAGAAAAAGAAAUGAUCUUUGAAGACACAAAUUUGAAAUUGACAUUGAUCUCUGAAGAUAUUAAGUCAUAUUACACCGUCCGACAGCUAGAAUUGGAAAACCUCACGUCUCAAGAAACUCGAGAGAUCUUACAUUUCCACUAUACCACAUGGCCUGACUUUGGAGUCCCCGAAUCGCCAGCCUCAUUCCUGAACUUUCUUUUCAAAGUCCGUGAGUCGGGGUCCCUCAGCCUGGAGCACGGCCCCAUCGUGGUGCACUGCAGUGCCGGCAUCGGCAGGUCGGGGACCUUCUGUCUGGCUGACACUUGCCUCUUGCUGAUGGACAAAAGGAAAGACCCUUCUUCUGUUGAUAUCAAGAAAGUUCUAUUAGAAAUGAGGAAAUUUCGGAUGGGACUGAUCCAGACAGCAGACCAGCUCCGUUUCUCCUACCUGGCUGUGAUCGAGGGUGCCAAAUUCAUCAUGGGAGACUCUUCAGUACAGGAGCAAUGGAAGGAACUCUCCCACGAGGACCUGGAGCCCCCACCAGAGCACGUCCCCCCGCCUCCUCGGCCUCCCAAACGAAUCCUGGAGCCACACAAUGGGAAAUGCAAGGAGUUCUUCCCAAACCACCAGUGGGUAAAGGAUGAGACUGAGGAGGAUAAAGAAGAUGGCCCUAUCAAGGAAGAAACCAGAACCCCCUUAAACGUCUCCUGCAGCCUAGAAAGCUGUUACCGUGUGGAGUCAAGAUGUAGCGUUGUGGCCAGACGUCAAAACAGCGCGAGUCAAGACACUGAAGUCAGAAGGCGGGUCGUGGGGGCAGGUUCUGCCCAGGGAGAGCCAUCACCACCCGAGGAGGAGCAGGACCAGGCGUUGACUCCCUGGAAGCCCUUCCUGGUCAAUAUGUGCAUGGCCACGGUCCUCACCGCCGGCGCGUACCUCUGCUACCGGGUAUGUUUUCACUGACGGACGUGCUGGCCAGACCGCGUGUACAGAAAGCCCUGGCCACCAGCCCGGCGUUAGCACUCAGAGCAGGAGGCUCUGAGCCAGUCUCAGAAGAAGCAGAUCAAAGGUUUUCAAAGUCUGGAACUGUGAAGGGCUAACAGGAGAGAAUUAAGGAUUGAUGCACUGGGGUUUUAAGGAGCCCUGUGGUCCCAAGAAUAUAAGAGUCUAAUCUCAGGGCCUUAACCUAUUCAGGAGUAAGUAGAGAAAAUGCCAAAUAUGUCUCGCUCUCUUUUUCUUUCUUUCUUUUCUUUUCUUUUCUUUUUUUUUUUUUUUUGGUUCAUUUAUUUUUGAAAAAAAAUAAUAGAAUUACAACACAUUGUUGUUUUUAACCUUUAUAAAAAGCAGCUUUUUGUUAUUUCUAGGGGAAAAGAAAAAUGACUAGGCACUUAUGAAACUCUCUUGUACCCUUAGGUGGUGUAACCAGAUACACAAUUUUUAUUUGAUUUCCCAGGGAAAGACUCCCACACUUUGACGAAUGUAAACUCCUUUGGAAAAGAGGGUUUAAGGGUUUCGGACACUGUCUCGCUCAGGCACCUCCUCUGCUGCGCUCACACGGAGCUGGGACAGUGCCUGUGAGCUUUCCCAUUUUAAGGAAGACAGCAAAAGGCCGUCUGGAGAAAACAAGUCCGCUUCUGCUUUUGCUCAGGGUGCCACGCUGGUCUCGCAUUGUCUGUUUCUCCACCCAUCCAUCCUUUCUCGUUAUAGCCGUCCUGCACGUGGCCUGCCCCCAUGGCUCCAUCCGCCUGCACAGGGUUCCUCGGGGCCCCUGCCUCAGGGUCAGAGGUCACCACAAUGUGGCCACCAGCUUUUCACCCUGCCCUUGAGAUCCAGAAGGAGCGGUUUCCACUUCGCUUGGAAUAUAAAUGCUGUUUCAGUAGAAAUCCACACAUUAGAAGUGUGUCGCAGUUAAAGUUGAGGAGGAGAAUAAGGAUUAGCCUCAAAACUGGUCAUGGAUACCACCUCACAGACCUUUUUUUAAUGAUUUUCAAUAUUUUGCCUCUUUCUAAGCAGCCAUCUUUGAGUGCAUCAGAUGGUUUAGCAACACGCAAACAGAUUUUUCCUUAGGGGUGAUUUUUGGAAAGGGGGAGCUAUUAUUUAAAAAAAAUCCAAACCCCCUUCGCUGGGGUGGGGCUGGGGGUGGUGUGUGAGUCCACAGCUCUGCAGGAGUGGGUCCCAGCCCACCUGAAAACAUUUGGUUUCAGUCCAGUUCCUGCUCAACAGCAACACAUAAAAUGACCCACCUAGCAGGCAGCCUGGUAGGUGAGGGCCGCCGGACCGCGUAGCCAGCCGGGCCCGACAGACGUGUGGUCUACACUAAAGCCUCCCCAGGCUGUUGGUCUCACCUACGUCCUUUAACUUUUCUCCCUCCCUGUCCUUCGAGUACCAGAUCCACACCCCCUUUUUGAGGAGGGCACAGGAGAGCACUGUGAAGGUGGCAAGAUGGAAGGCAGCCUGGGCAGGGGAGGGGGCUGUUUGUGUCCCCCUCGGCUUGUCCCCAGCAGGCAGCACGCAGCAUCCUCCCCACAGCCCUCCACAGAGCCCGAGGGCAGUGAGUCUCUCCACUCCAUAUUUAUUUUUUAUUUUUUUCCCCCAAAGGUUUCCGUAGUGCACUAGCAUUUUCUUAAACCAAUAAUGUAUUAAAGUUUUUUGAUGUCAGCCUUGCAUCAAGGGCUUUAUCAAAAAGUACAAUAAUAAACCCUCAGGUAGUGCUGGGCACGUAGGACUUUGCCAUGAGCUGCUGCGUCAGACCAGCACUAGGAAGGAGGACGGUUGUAAGCAGUCGUUAUUUCCUGACAUUGUGGUAACGUGAGGAGAGGUUUGCAUAUGUGUGUGGAACAGUGGGCUAACAUAUAAUGAACAUUGGAUAUUUAAGACACAUGGUGUGCGAUUUCUUUGUCCUGGUUACUCCCCUCCCCGGUUAUCUGCCAGAACCUUGAUCUCAGUCAGCACUCUCCCUGUGUGUUAUUAGGAUGCAUGUACAGUCUUCUUGUGGCCCGAUCAAAUACCACGUGCUUGAAAUACUUAGAUCUCUGCUUACUAACGUGCCCCCUGUACAAGUCCCAUCUGCCUUUGCAUGAUCUGAUCAUUACGUGGCUGUGGUUCCUAAGACUGUUGCUGAAAUAGUCGCCAUUCAGCAGUGGAGUGAUGUUUUCCAAUGACAGAUAUUUUGCCUAAUUCCUGGCAUGACACUCUGAUGACUUCCUAGUGAGGCCCGGCCAUCCUGGUCCAGCUGGGUCCCACUGUAACUCAGACAUUCCAAGGGGAAGGGAAGCCAUAGCCACACCUCGUGCUCUGGACAUUUCGACAAGCAGGGUCCCCCCGACACAGCUUUGGGAUCAGCCUCCACUCUCCCAAGUUCACACUCUUCUGGAGCAGAGACCGUGAUUUGGAAUCAAGGCGACUGUUGGAAACCACACUUCUGGAAACAGCCUGGACAACGGUCCCUUCAAGUCUGCCUGCUGCCCUUUAGGUCUGGGGCCCUGCCGAGAGAGGCCUCUGCCCCCGCCCUUGAACCCUGGGGACUGAUGGUGCUCACGACUCUUCCUCCGAGGGAAACUUAAGACCUCCACAUUAAGUGGCUUUUUAAACAAGAAAAAAAAAAAAAAAGGCAGCUGUAGCUCACGAGCUGCUCUUUUGCCAGCAUUUUCACAUUUUGCCUUUCACGUGUCAGAAGCUCGUGCAGAGAAAUUCCAUGGUGGGAACAUCUGAGGCGUCCCCGCGUAGAGCCUUGGUGAGGUGUGGAUAAGGCCGAGGUGCCAGGCUGGGAGCAUUUUGAGUUGGGCUUGUUUGUCUGUUUUUUAAGUCCUGUAUAUGUAUGUAGUAGUUUGGGUGUGUAUAUAUCGUAGCAUUUCAAAAUGGAUAUACUGGUUUAACCUCCUAUCCUUGGAAAACAGAUGGCUCUCCAUCUUGUCACACGUAUGUUAGAGAAGUAGCGAGCUGCUCUGCUAUAUGCCUUAAGCCAAUAUUUACUCAUCAGGUCAUUAUUUUUUACGAUGGCCAUAGAAUAAACCAUUUGUAGAAAAAUAAAAACAAACAAAAAAAGCAAGGUGUUUUGGUAUAAUACCUUUUCAGGUGUGUGUAUAUGUGGAUGCAUGAGGGGGGGGGCGGGGGUGGGGGCGCGUCUCAGGGUCUUCUGUGACCUCACAGAAUUGUCAAACUGUACAGGUUUCCAACUUGCCAUAUAAAUGAUGGGUUUGCAUUUUAGUUGCAACAAUAAAACUUUUUUCUAAAGAACAUG